AUUUACAUGAUAAAAAAUACACACUUUAUCGGUCAGUCACAGAUCAAAGUGAACUCGAGCUGAUUUGUGAAGUCGAUUCUACGAUAAUAAAAACUAAAUGGACCUGGUCUUCACAUUUAAAGAAUGAAGAUCAGGAAAUAGCUUCCACUUACAAAUCAAAGCCUGUCAACAUAAACAGGGCCUACUUUGGGAGUCGAUUGGUCCCUUCGGUGAGCAGUUUCACUGACAGGUUUUUCAGUGUGCGGAUUGUGCCCGUCCUGUUUGAAGACGCAGGAGUUUACAGAUGUUUUCAGGGAUCAAAUAAUCAUUUGACCAUUAACCUGAUCACAGUUAAAGUCACAGCGGAACUCUCUGAUGCAGAGACUGAGGGAGGCUCUGUUACCCUGACCUGCUCUGUCUCUGAUGUCACUGAAUCCAUGAGACUUGCUUGGGUUGAUAGCGGUGGUAAAAUUAUUGCAGCAAAAACAUUCAAGGAACAGAAGCAGGAAGAGGAUAAUUUACAGCUGAUUACUCAGGAAUUUGAUAGAGACAGCAGCUACUGGGCAUGUAUUUUAUUUCAUGAAAACAUACCCAAGGUUUUAAUUCCUUAUGAUCUGAAGCUUUACAGUAAGUGUCUCAGAUUUUAUUUGAAAUACAUUUUUAGUUACUUCUUUUAAAAUGAAAAUGACUUGCUUUUCAUCCUCUUUUAUGUUUCACAUUACUGAGGGUACACAAUUUAGCUCUGCAAGCAGAAGUAAUAGAGUGAAACUGAAAAUGUGUAUU